AGUGUGUCGAUCUUGGGCAUUUUUUGUUUAUUUAAACAUGGCAUCGGAAGACGAUUUAACCUCCAUGUGUCUGCCACAAUUAAAAGCAUUUUUGAAUGAAAGGGGUGUAAAAACGUCUGGGUACAGGAAAUAUGAACUCCUAGAUUUGGCUCGCGAAGCUUUACGUCAGGAUAUUCCAACGAAGACCGAUUUGGACGACGAUGAUAAAAGUCGAGAUUCACGACGCACAAUCAAUGGAAAAGUGUACCCCACUCCAGUCUGCACUGAUUUAAAAUGGAAAGGCGACUUGACUGAUCUUCCCAAUAUAGAAAGUUUUGACGUACAAUUUUAUCUAAAAAGUAAGUGUGCGUGGACUAAUGAUAGACUGAAAUCUUACAAGAAUGACAAUAUUUAUCGAUUACACAAAAAUGGACACAUCAGUAACGUAAUGAUGACGUUUUUGGAUGAAAAAUCCCGUUACAUUCGGGCCCAAUGCACACCAGAAGAGAGACAGUCUGCUGCCCCAUAUAACCUUUGGAUCUUGGUUGAUGUUGAUGGAGUCAUACACUCCAGAGAAUGCACAUGUGUAGCUGGUGAUGGUACUUGCAAAUAUGUGGCAGCCCUAUUGUUUGGUCUCCAGGCCUUUGUGCAGGAUUUAACUGACAGAUCAACUAUUGGUGUCACUGACAAGUUAGCAAAGUGGACGAACCCAACAAGAUCUUCUAGACCUAUCAAAGUUGUUCAACUGGACUUGCGAAAGGAGCUCAACUGUGAAACUCCAGCAAAACCAACUGUACAAUUCUAUAAACCUGUUCAUUUACAACAAAAUGAAACAGAGAGUAAUGUCAUUGAGAAACAAAUAUACAAACUUAUGAAAACCCAAAAAUUAGAAGCUUGUGCUACUUAUACUUUGUCAGAUAGCUCAGAAUCUGAAUACGAAUUUGAAAAUUCUAUCCACAGUAAUGUACUUGAUCUUGCGAAAUCUGCUUAUCAAUCAUAUGAAAAUUUUGUUAAUAUCCUGAAAACAUAUUAUGAGAAAAAUGUUUGCAAGGAAAUAUUCAUGGAGAGUAAAUCUCAGAGUAGUUGUGAUGUUUGGUUUUAUCAAAGAUUUGGCAGAAUAACUGCCUCUGUUGUACACAGUUGUUUGCAUUUUACUGGUAGAAAUGAAAAUGGAAGUCUUUUAAAACAAAUCUUAAGUCAGAAUAAUAUGACAUACAACAAUAUAGCUUCUUUGAAUCAUGGGGAAAAGUAUGAAAGUAAAGCCAGAGAUUUGUAUGUUGAAAAGCAGAAUAUAGACCACAAUAGUUUUUCUUGUGAUCUUAGUGGGUUAGUUAUCUAUAAUGACUUUCCAUUCAUUGGUGCAUCACCCGAUGGUUUAGUGCAAUGUAAUUACUGUGGAAAAGGUUGUAUAGAAAUUAAAUGUCCUUUUUCAUGUGCUCAGAUGACUGCUUAUGAUGCUGUUUGUCAUGAUUCAAAGAAUUUUAAGAUUGAACAAGGAGUCCCUUCUUUGAAAACAAAUGAAUCCUCACCAUAUUUUUGCCAAAUUCAGUGCCAACUUGCUGUUACAAAAAGGAAAUGGUGCGACUUAAUAAUAUAUACACAUGUUGAUAUUUUUAUCCACAGAGUUAAUUUUGAUGCUAAAUUUUGGGAAAACAUUUCAGAUAGAUUAACUGUGUUUUACAGAAAGUAUGUAUUUCCUAAAAUAUCUGUGUAAAUUCAUUCUACUCCAACGUAUCUACAAAUAAAAUUAUGUAAAUAAC